AUGGUAGCUAUGCUAGAUGAGAUCCUGGAUUAUGUGAAGUUUCUAAGGCUUUAGCCUUUAGGUCAAGGUUCUAAGCAUGAGCAAGCUGGGUUAUGAUGGUGUUGUGGCACUGCUGGUUGCCGAUAUAUCACUUUCAAUCGGUCCUGACCAGAUUGAAGCUCUGUAUCAGUAUGCCAAAUUUCAGUUUGAGUGUGGUAACUACUCAGGGGCUGCUGAUUACCUUUACCAGUAUGGUGCUUUGUGCACAAACAGUGAGCGAAAUGUGAGUGCCCUCUGGGGAAAGCUGGCAGCAGAAAUCCUAAUGCAAAACUGGGACCUAGCUUUGGAGGAACUCAACCGCUUGAAGGAAAUAAUUGAUUCAAAGAACUUCUCAUCACCUCUGAAUCAGCUCCAGAAUAGGAUAUGGCUGAUGCAUUGGGCUCUGUUCAUCUUCUUUAACCAUAUCAGGUACUUGAAUGCUAUACAGACAAAUGCACACCAUCUUAUUAGGUAUCUAGCUACUGCAGUUGUUGUCAACAAAAGGAGAAGGAAUAUGCUUAAAGAGUUGAUUAAGGUCAUUCAACAGGAGCACCAUACCUACAAGGAUCCCAUAACUGAAUUUCUGGAAUGCUUAUAUGUUAACUAUGUAGUUGUGGGCUUUUGAACAAUAGCUAGAGUGAUAUGAAACAUUAGUGAUGUAGUUGUGGGCUUUUGAACUGCUUCAAGCUGGAGUGAUGUCGUUGUGGUGUUUUUGUGACUGAUCAUCUCUGGAGCUUUUGUGAAUGAUCUAGCUAGCUAUCUGUAAAUGAUCUAGUUGUGAAUGAUAUUAUAAUUGUGAUGCU